GGUACUGACACCCAACACACCGGUGAUGGCACCCAACCCACAAGCGGUUCCCACGGCAGGACAGUACCCGGUGAUGAAUGGGGGGGAGUGGGACUGGUACCCCUCCCCACAGUGACGGUGCCCACGAGCGGCCCGGGAGGCAGGGGAGGCAGACCCCAUGCUCUCCCUUAUGGUCAUGGAUAAAGAACUGCCGUUCCUGGUAGAUACAGGAGCCACAUAUUCCACUCUUAAUGUGGUCCCUGAACAACAUCACCUGUCUACCUCAACAGUGACCGUUGUGGGCUUUUCGGGGAAAGAACAGAGACUGCCAGUGACUAAACCGGUGAAAGUUGUGGUGGGGAAACAGACCUUCCUCCACCCUUUUCUUGUGUCUUCUUCAGUUCCAGUGAAUCUUCUAGGAAGGGACAUGCUGGUGAAGCUGGGGGCCUCUAUUUUGUGCAGUGCAGAUGGACUGGUGGUUACCCUGCCGGAAGGCACUCGCCUGCGCUGUGACCCCCGGACCACGGGGGCGGGACAAUGGCUGGUACGGCCCAUCCAAAGUCAGGCCCUGGCAGAUAUCUAUUGGGGCCUACUGGAGCCCAGUCUGACUGGCAUCCUGGCGGCCUACUCUGCGUGGCGGCCCUGGAUCUCGCUCCUAGAGCCCUAUGUACCCCCACCUGACCCUCCCCAUGUGACCCUUUUCUAUGAUAGGGAAAGUACUGAGUGGUAUGAGGAACUGUUUAAUGAGCAACUGGAAGGCCGCCAAUGGCAAGUUGCCUCUGAGAAUAUAUACGUGGGUCCCGAAGGGGUAGCUUCAGCCACAGUGCUUACCCCAGAACAAGUGCCCUGGUUCAUGAUGGGACAGGAGGCUGUCCCACAUGUCUCUCUAGCCCUCCAUCCUAAGCACCAGGCCAAAGAUUUGGGCCCGAUGGUUAAACGGGCCAGAGAAACUAAGGACUGGGUACAGACCCAGAUCCCACCCUCCUGCAGUACUUAUUGCAUACAGGACACAGCACAGGAUACAGCCCUCCUGAAGCAUGAGCAGAUAGCCAGAGAACACGGCCGUGAAAAGAUGGACCACCCGAAGGCGGCGGCCCUUCUGGCAUCUUUACCAGACUCUCUGUGGUCCACCAGCCCUACAGAUGUAGGUUUGAUAUCCUGUACACCCGUGCAGUUCCAGCUGCAGCCAGGGGAAGGCCCACUCUGGAUUAGACAGUAUCCACAUAAGCAGGCAGCAGAGGAAGGAAUAGCCGAGACAAUAGACGGUCUCUUACAGGCUGGGGUGUUGGAGCCUUCCACGUCUCCGUGGAAUACCCCUAUCCUCCCGGUGGAAAAAGCUGGGACAGGGAAGUAUCGAAUGGCCCAUGACCUGCGUGCUAUAAAUAACCUUCUGCUGACCCCCACUGUUCCGGUCCCGAACCCAUAUGUUGCCCUUACUAAUCUGACCCCACAACAGAAAUGGUUCACAUGCAUUGACUUGGCAAAUGCUUUUUUCUGUCUGCCUCUGGAAGAACAGUGCAGGGACAUAUUCUCCUUCACUUACAGGGGCUGUCAGCUGAGGUACACCCACCUGCCCCAAGGGUUUGCUCUUUCUCCAGGUAUUUUUAACCAGGUUUUGAAGCAGGCUUUACAGGGAUGUCCUCUCCCGGACGGUGUCACCCUCGUCCAAUAUGUUGAUGAUCUCCUGAUCGCUGCCCCAACAUCAGAAGUGGCCCUACAGGCUACUCAUUCAGUACUGUUCCGACUGUCGGAAAGAGGGUUCAAGGUCAGUAAAGAUAAACUGCAGGUUGCGCGGACAGUGGUAUCUUUCUUAGGUCGAGUGUUGUCCAGCGCAGGGACAGGUCUCUCCCCAGCUCAUCGUUCAGCUAUCCUGCAGCACCCAAAACCCACUACAGUAAAAGAUAUGUUGUCCUUUUUAGGUCUCACAGGUUACAGUCGCACUUACAUUCCAGAUUACACGGGGCUCACACAGCCCCUGAGGGCCCUGGUCCGAGAGCAUGGCCUACGUCGCCUCAGUGCGUCCCUCAACUGGGACCAGGCAUCUGAAGAGGCUUUUAUUACUUUAAAGCAGACAUUAGCCCAGGCCGCAGACCUAGCCCUCCCAGAUUACUCUCUCCCAUUCCAC